AAACGGCUGACGGUCGUGUAAGAUAUCGCCAUCUGUGGACACAAUCUGUGCACAACAGACGUGCACGAGAGAAAGGUGAUUCAAGCUUAGCGGGCCCGCUGCGGCAACCGGCACUUUAACCUUCCGACUGCACCUUUAAGCUGUGGCGAUCGCAAGUUGAAGGUUUGUUUUGCUGUGAAAUCCAAUACGUCUCUUAUAUCCUCAUUCGGAGGUUUUCUCCUGGACAGUCUGUUCUUGCUCGCCGCCAGCGUUAGGGACGCCAUUUCUCACGCCUUAUGCUGGUGGAUUCCCUCCUGGAUAAGUGGGUACAAUUUAGCACCAGCAGUGUUCGUGACACUGAAAAUUGGACCAAACGCCUGAAGUGGUGAAGGUUGACGGUCAUCGGGUUGCCUCGCCGAAGGCGAAAUCCAUCAAGCAGAGGGAGUCUUUUGCAAAACUGCUGCUGAUUCCGGUAGUGGCAUUUACGCUCGAAUCCUUUCGCCCGCCUCGAUCGCGAAGUGCAACCCGUCCCUCGAUAUGAUUUGAUUAAGUCAAUUUGAUACAAUUUCAUAAAUUCUUUGCCCGCGAAUAGUGCCGAGGCGGAGAUUAUGACGUUGGGCAAGAGGCGGAUACCGAUAUCUCCCUUCUUGCUGCGUGUCCGAUAGACAACGUGAAGAAUCAGGUAUGUAGCCAGCGUGCCCUCACAAGCAUUCCAGUUUGGUGAUCUCCAACGCGUCAUCCUUCGUGGGGGGGGGAGGAGAAUUCCCGAUCGAACGCUUCCGAUGGAGAGACAGAAAUGACUGAGUGAUGCCCCGUGUUACACUAUUUGCUGCGUGACAAAGUAGUGGUGUCGACGUCACCGUUCGGACGUUCACGGUCCAUCUCUAGCGAUGGUGAUCACAAUCGCCAACGGUAGGCGUGCAUACCAACCAAUCUACCCGCGUGCCGGAUGGAUUCAAUUAGUAUUCGUACGGUGUGGCGGCACCGGCCUUUGUGACCGCAGCACUCGUCCAUCGUACGCAGUGUACGGGUACACCGCAGACUGCGGCGGACGGGAGAGCAGUGUUGCCCACGCUUGGACGCGAGAUAGAUGCUGAGUUAAUUAUGGGCAAAGGUGUCUUUACGGUUCAGGACUGCACGCCUAAUUACUACCAAUGAGAGGAUGGGGUCCACAUCCCAGCUAGUGGACAAUGUUGAUCGCUUUGUUUCGAAAUUUAAACGUAAUUUCCGUUACGGGGCCGAAUCGAGUCUUAUCAGUCGCGGAAGCCCUGCUUCAGAUUUGAUAACGAAGGCAACGGCUGAUCAUCACGUAUGGGUCGCACAGUUGCAUUCGACGAUUUCAUUGAACAACAUGGAGAAAAUCUACACCAUCUCCAAGAUGGUCAAGUUCGAGCAUACGUGGAUCGUUGAGCCGAGCGAAUUUGAGCCACACUGUCCCUGCUGUGAAAUUACAACCGGCACAACAAAAUGGCUUCUCAAUUGCUGCACCAAUGGAGAUGGUCAUGGGCAGUGCAGCAAUUGCUACGGCCCGUACCUGAUACUGCUAGCCCAGCCGAGUAAAGAAGCGAUCAUAUGUGUUCACGAAGAAGGUUUGAUUGAUCGAAAGGUUUUCCUGGAGCGUGGCAAAUAUACGAUGGAUUCACAAUUUAAACUGCCCCUACAUGUGUUCGAUGGGAACGAUGGCAUUCCAUCGAACGUGCCUGCCAUCCGACCAAAAAAGCGUCGAAAAAUUAUUACUCAGAUAAAUUUUUACGAAAAUAUCACCAUGAACUAUGACGUUUCGUACGUGCUGUAGACUGGCGGCCAACAGUUGUGAUAACAGCUGCUAUCGAUAAGAGCGCUUUAAACAUGAUGGUUUUAUUGGUGUAAAUUACAAAUUCCUUACAAAUCGAAAUAUAUUGUAUAAAAUCCCUUACUCA